GCCAUGCACCCCCCGGAGGCGGCGUCCAAGAUGGCGUCGGUGCGGUUCAUGGUGACGCCCACGCGCAUGGACGAGCUGCCCGGCCUGUCGGACACCAGCCCCGACCUGGACGCCAGCUCGCGCUCCAGCUCGCGCGUGCGCUUCAGCUCGCGGGACAGCGGGCCCGACACCAGCCGCAGCGAGCCCGCCAGCGACACGUCGGGCCUCACCACCUCGCUCGAGCCCACCGAGCGCGCCCCCGCCCCCGGCCCCGCCGCGCAGGACGCGCCCGACGACCCGAGUCAGAACUCCGUCACAGGGGAACACAGCCAACUGUUAGAUGAUGGGCAUAAGAAAGCUCGGAAUGCUUAUCUCAAUAAUUCCAAUUAUGAAGAAGGAGAUGAAUAUUUUGAUAAAAACUUGGCACUAUUUGAGGAAGAAAUGGACACCAGGCCAAAGGUGUCUUCUCUACUCAAUAGGAUGGCUAAUUAUACUAAUCUGACCCAAGGAGCAAAGGAACAUGAAGAGGCAGAAAACAUCACUGAAGGGAAAAAGAAACCCACUAAGAGUCCACAAAUGGGCACUUUCAUGGGUGUCUAUCUACCAUGUCUACAAAACAUUUUUGGAGUGAUCCUUUUUCUACGCCUUACAUGGGUGGUGGGCACAGCUGGAGUUCUUCAAGCCUUUGCAAUUGUCCUUAUCUGCUGCUGUUGUACAUUGCUGACUGCUAUCUCCAUGAGUGCCAUUGCCACUAAUGGAGUUGUGCCAGCUGGGGGCUCAUACUUUAUGAUUUCCCGAGCUCUGGGUCCAGAGUUUGGUGGGGCUGUUGGCCUCUGCUUUUAUCUUGGUACCACUUUCGCAGCAGCCAUGUAUAUUCUUGGUGCCAUUGAAAUUUUUCUGGUAUAUAUUGUCCCUCGCGCUGCAAUCUUCCGUAGCGAUGAUGCACUCAAAGAAUCAGCAGCCAUGCUAAAUAAUAUGCGUGUCUAUGGCACAGCGUUCUUGGUUCUCAUGGUAUUGGUGGUAUUCAUUGGCGUGCGCUAUGUGAACAAGUUUGCUUCACUUUUCCUGGCCUGUGUUAUUGUUUCCAUCUUGGCCAUCUAUGCUGGAGCCAUCAAGUCUUCUUUUGCCCCUCCACACUUCCCGGUCUGCAUGCUGGGUAAUCGAACCCUCUCAUCAAGACACAUUGACAUUUGCUCUAAGACCAAGGAAAUCAACAAUAUGACAGUACCAUCAAAGUUAUGGGGCUUCUUCUGUAACUCAACUCAGUUUUUCAAUGUCACCUGCGAUGAAUACUUUGUACACAAUAAUGUCACUUCAAUCCAGGGCAUCCCUGGAUUGGCUAGUGGUGUCAUUACAGAGAACCUUUGGAGUAAUUAUCUACUAAAGGGAGAGAUUAUUGAAAAACCUUCAUCCAAAUCUUCUGAUGUCUUAGGCAAUUUAAACCAUGAGUAUGUCCUUGUUGACAUCACCACCUCCUUCACUCUUCUAGUGGGGAUCUUCUUUCCCUCUGUCACAGGUAUCAUGGCUGGAUCAAAUAGAUCUGGAGAUCUAAAAGAUGCCCAAAAAUCUAUUCCUAUUGGCACCAUCCUUGCCAUUUUGACUACCUCCUUUGUUUAUUUAAGCAAUGUUGUUCUUUUUGGUGCCUGUAUAGAAGGCGUUGUUCUCAGAGACAAGUUUGGAGAUGCUGUGAAAGGUAAUCUGGUGGUAGGUACUUUAUCUUGGCCAUCGCCAUGGGUGAUUGUCAUUGGCUCCUUCUUUUCCACAUGUGGAGCUGGACUUCAGAGUCUCACAGGUGCACCAAGGCUUCUACAAGCGAUAGCCAAGGAUAACAUCAUACCCUUCCUGAGAGUUUUUGGUCACAGCAAAGCCAAUGGGGAACCUACCUGGGCUUUACUUUUAACUGCUGCUAUUGCAGAGCUGGGGAUCCUUAUCGCCUCCUUGGAUCUCGUGGCCCCAAUUCUUUCCAUGUUUUUUCUCAUGUGUUACCUCUUUGUGAAUUUGGCAUGUGCCUUGCAAACAUUACUUCGAACACCAAACUGGAGACCCCGGUUCCGCUACUACCACUGGGCACUGUCUUUCAUGGGAAUGAGUAUUUGUCUGGCUUUGAUGUUUAUUUCCUCCUGGUAUUAUGCCAUUGUAGCCAUGGUAAUAGCUGGUAUGAUCUACAAGUACAUUGAGUAUCAAGGAGCUGAGAAAGAAUGGGGUGAUGGUAUUCGUGGACUGUCCCUCAGUGCAGCCCGGUUUGCUCUUCUUCGUCUAGAGGAAGGACCACCACACACUAAAAACUGGAGGCCUCAGUUACUUGUAUUGCUGAAACUUGAUGAAGACUUACACGUCAAGCAUCCCCGCCUCCUUACCUUUGCUUCACAACUCAAAGCAGGAAAAGGCCUCACUAUUGUAGGCUCUGUCAUUGUGGGGAACUUCCUCGAGAACUAUGGGGAAGCUUUAGCUGCUGAACAGACUAUAAAGCACCUAAUGGAAGCAGAGAAGGUGAAAGGAUUCUGCCAGCUGGUGGUGGCCACCAAACUGAAAGAGGGCAUAUCCCACCUCAUCCAAUCAUGUGGCCUUGGGGGCAUGAAGCACAACACGGUGGUUAUGGGCUGGCCUAAUGGCUGGCGCCAGAGUGAAGAUGCUCGAGCUUGGAAGACUUUUAUUGGCACAGUUCGAGUGACAACUGCUGCCCACCUUGCCUUGCUCGUGGCUAAGAACAUUUCCUUCUUUCCCAGCAACGUGGAACAGUUUUCUGAGGGCAACAUUGAUGUGUGGUGGAUUGUGCAUGACGGGGGGAUGCUCAUGCUGUUGCCAUUCCUGCUCAAGCAGCACAAGGUAUGGCGAAAAUGCAGUAUACGAAUCUUCACUGUGGCCCAAUUAGAAGACAAUAGUAUUCAGAUGAAGAAGGACCUGGCGACUUUCUUGUAUCACCUGCGCAUUGAGGCAGAGGUGGAAGUGGUGGAGAUGCAUGACAGUGAUAUAUCAGCUUAUACUUAUGAGCGUACCCUGAUGAUGGAGCAAAGAUCCCAGAUGCUUCGGCACAUGCGACUUUCCAAAACAGAGCGAGAUAGAGAGGCACAGUUGGUGAAAGACCGGAACUCUAUGCUCCGAUUGACAAGCAUUGGUUCAGAUGAGGAUGAAGAGACAGAGACUUAUCAGGAGAAGGUGCAUAUGACUUGGACAAAAGACAAGUACAUGGCAUCCCGAGCGCAAAAGGCCAAGUCAAUGGAAGGAUUUCAGGACCUUCUAAACAUGCGUCCAGACCAUUCCAAUGUAAGGCGGAUGCAUACAGCAGUGAAGCUCAAUGAAGUUAUAGUUAACAAGUCCCAUGAAGCAAAGUUGGUUUUGUUGAAUAUGCCAGGGCCACCCCGAAACCCUGAGGGUGAUGAAAACUAUAUGGAGUUCCUAGAAGUGCUCACCGAGGGACUAGAGCGAGUCCUACUUGUCCGAGGUGGUGGCAGUGAAGUGAUUACCAUUUACUCAUAAUCUACUCCUGAAUGACACUGCUUGGCUUCAGUUUUUUGUGAAAGGCAUCCAUUCUUCAUGGAACUGCAGCUCUUUACCACCUCUCCAUCAGCGAGAGGCCUGCGUUUUGUACAUAUCCAUGAACUCACUAAACUUUUGACAGCUGAGCUUCAAGUAUUUGUUGCAAAGUGCAAACAGAUCUCUGUUCUUUGCUUCCAUAUCUAGUCUGCUGUUCUUAAAGAAGAAACAAGUAUUCCCUUAACACCAGAAGGGUCCUUAAAUCUAAAAGCCAUGUCUAUACCAGUUGAAGCAGCUGGAAUAAAAAGCUAAACCAGUCAAAUGAAUGGGCGAAAGGGAUGCUAGAAAUGGAACUGGACACAAAAAACCAAGUUACACAUCCAAUAUUAAAGCUGUCUCUUUGGUCAUGGUUUAAUGACACAGUUGGCCUAGCAGCCUGAGACAUGGCCGUAUCAUACAAAAGAAAAAGAAUUCAUGGCUAAGUGUCUGGGCACCCAGAAUCUUUGUGGAGAGAACUUGCAGCAUGCCGAAAUGUAACCUUGUUAGCUAAUCUCAGGAGAGCCUGUGCUCUUUGGGAAUCUUAUGUUACAUUAUGGCUCUAAAUGUACACAACUGCAGCAUGCCUGCAGCCUCUACUUCCUCCAAAAGAAAAUUUCCCCCAAAUAUCAGGUUUAAUACAUGA